UUGUGUAACGGAGUUGAAAUUGCUAUGGCGACUAAACAUAAACUCUUUGGAGGAAGAAGAACAAGCUCUAUGUACACUAACCUUACAGGAUGACUCAUAAGACUACUUUGUAAACUGACUCUUCCCGCUGUACCCUCGCGCACCGCGCUUUUUGAUUUUGAAAUAAAGAGGCUUGUGAUUCCCACUGUGUUCUCUCUUGGUGUGAAGUCCUCGUUUAACAUUGUGUGCUGUGCUGUUUUUCAGAUCUGUACCGCUGUUCUCUAACUGCUGAUUCCACGUGUUACAAGUGGUGAUGGAGGUGUUCACUAAAAAACGCGAUGAAAACCUGAACGAACCGCCGGUGAUUCCAGUCAAGCCAACUACUGGCUCAGCUCCCCGUCAACCGCCACUCCUGGAAAACUCGUCAGACUAUACAGUGUGGAAGUUCAAAGUUGUAGCAUAUCUUCGUAAAGUUCCAGCUUCGGAACAAUUCGAUUAUCUGGUGUCCUACCUCAGUGACGAAGCUACCAAAAGAGCUAUAGUUAACGGGUUUGCGGCGGACAAUACUCUCGCUCAGAACUGGAAGAUUCUCGAUGAUUGUUUUUCGACGCCGGUGGAUCCCCAACAAGCAGCCAUCCGAUUUUUGUCACGACAUCAAACACUCGGCGAGAAUCCAAUGGAUUAUUUUAAUUCUUUGCAACAGAUGGCUGUGCAAGCGUUUCCUUGUUUUGAUGCCACUGGAAGAGAUGAAUUGAUCAAGUCUCGGUUCGUGGAAGGGUUACUAUCCAGUUCCUUGAAGGAACACUGCCUACUAAACCCCCCAACAGACAUAAAUUCCUUAAAAAGAGUUACAUUCCGGUUCAUGGCAGCCGAGCAGCUUAAAAGCCCACUUGACAUGCACCAGCCAACUGCGAUGGCAGUAAUGCAGCCCACAAAAGCGAGUCGCCCACUGAACCCUCAACGCAUAUCUAACGUUACCCGGUCUUCCCACUGGAACAGCAGUCGAAGACAGUUCAAUCCCACUGAGAAGAAGUGGAGACCAACGAAUAGUUAUCAUGGUCGUCAAUCCGAAUGCCCGUACUGUCGAAGGUUUGGCAAAAACGCAAAGAAAUGUGGUCAUAAUCGUUUUGGUAACACAAGUAAGCCGUACAUUUUCCAUUUAUCUUCUUAUGCUAACCAUGUGCGUCCCAUCACCAUUAAGGCUAGAGUACAGGGUAUCGAUAUCGAAGUUUUAUUAGACACCGGAGCGUCAGUAUCCCUAAUUAAGAGCGAGUUUUUAUGAAGGUUUAAUCGUAAAGUCCAACAGACGCGACACCCAUCCACAUUACUCACAGCUAGCGGAGACCCAUUGAAAGUGAACUCUAAGGUAUGGUUGGACCUAAUGAUAGAUAGACAUUCGUUCCGUCAUGGGUUUUUAGUUUGUCCGACUUUGACUUGGGAUAUGAUACUCGGAGUCGACUUCAUGUUAGAACAUAAAGCUUGUAUAUUUAUGGACAGCUUGGAAGCUAAAUUUGGAGAGACUAAAAUACGCUUGCACCAUACUAACACGCCAUUUAAAGUUGUGUCAUAUGUGGGAAUCUCAGACCUGGUGCGACAAGUAAACGACAACCGAACACUAAAAGAGAAAGAUCGACAUGCAACGAUUGCCGUGCUUCAACAGUUUAGUUCGGUAUUCGAAGAGAGUAUUUCCGGCAAUCGCACGAGUACGGUGCAACACACCAUUUGCACGGGGGACCACAGACCACUUAGGCAACCGCCUCGUAGAGUGCCAGUACACUAUCAACCACAACUGGAUACGAUGAUAAAGGAUAUGCUUGACAAGAAUAUUAUAGUACCGUCAUCAUCCCCCUGGGCAUCACCUAUCGUCCUGGUUAAAAAGAAAGAUUCCUCUUUGCGUCUUUGCAUAGACUAUCGACGCCUUAACGCUAUAACUAAGCGUGACUCUUUUCCUCUUCCGAGAAUCGAUGCUAUAUUAGACGCUUUGAGUGGCGCAUGUUGGUUUUCAACGUUAGACCUAGCAUCAGGGUACUGGCAAGUGGAAGUCAGACCACAAGAUAGAAGGAAAACCGCAUUUGUAGUGCCCAAUGGGUUGUACGAAUUCCAAGUAAUGCCUUUCGGUCUAACGAAUGCCCCAGCUACCUUCCAAAGAUUAAUGCAAACAGUUUUACAAGAUAUAGUACCUCAUAAAUGUUUGAUUUAUCUCGAUGACAUUAUUGUGUAUGGUAGCACACCCGAGCAACAUAAUGCUAAUCUGAAAGCAGUUCUCCAUCGCCUUCAACAACACAACCUAAAAGUAAAACCGUCCAAAUGCCGUCUGCUGCAGAAAGAAGUAGUUUUCUUAGGACAUCGUAUCACUGCAGAUGGAGUAGGCACCGAUAAAGAAAAGACACGUGUCAUUGUUAAUUGGCCACAGCCCAAAUCACCUGAAGACGUUCGUAGCUUUCUUGGCCUAGCUUCUUACUACAGACGCUUUGUCCGUGAUUUUGCAUCGUUAGCAGCACCCUUACACCGUUUGACGCACAAAGGACGAAAAUUUUUAUGGACUACAGAAUGUCAACAGGCGUUCGAUGUUUUGAAGACACGACUGAGCUCUCCACCUAUAUUAGCCGUUCCGGAUACCUCAGUAAGCGGGGGAGAAUUUAUACUUGAUACGGACGCCAGUUCCUCCGCUGUUGGAGCAGUCCUAUCACAAGUGGCCCCAGAUGGGCAAGAAAGAGUCAUUGCGUACGCUAGCCGUCGACUGGAUAAGAGCGAAACAAGAUAUUCGACAACGCGUCGAGAGAUGUUAGCAUUAGUAAAAUUCUUACAACACUUCCGCCAUUAUUUACUAGGUAAACCUUUCCGUGUACGCACAGACCACCGUGCAUUACAAUGGCUCCGCUCCUUCCGCGAACCAGAGGGGCAAGUGGCACGCUGGCAAGAACGAUUACAAGAGUUCGAUUUCACGUGCGAGUACCGACCUGGAAGCCGACAUACAAACGCAGACGCUCUUUCCCGCAUACCUCAAACCGCAGGUACUGUUAAUUCAGUUCUUAGCACAGCCGUAGAGAUCGAUUGGCCUUCCCUGCAAGCAGCAGACCCAGACAUGCAGAUUAUAUAUCAAAGACAGUUGCAGGGAAACCAUAAACCAUCCAUGAAAGAGUUAAAGGAUCAAUCAUUAACAACUCGCCGUAUUUGCACUAAAUGGAGUAAUCUAAAAUUAUAUGGUGACACGUUGUUCUUAAUUAACGAAGCGAGACAACCUCUAUUGGUAGUACCACGGAUAAAAGUCGAGAGCAUUGUGGAGCAGGUGCACCGCGAACUAGGUCAUGCAGGAGAACGAAGAACGGAAUACGCGGUCCGCCAGCGCUUUUGGUGGCCAUCCAUGCAUGAAGAUGUAGUGCAAAUUUGCAAAAAUUGUAACACGUGCUACCGUUUCAAAUCGCCUCGACAGACAUCUCGUGCACCGUUAACUCCCAUGGUGACCACAGGACCACAUCAGCGGGUGGGCAUAGAUAUUAUGGGACCAUUAACAACAACAAAGAAAGGGAAUCGCUACAUACUGGUUAUGGUAAAUUACUUUACUAAAUGGUGCGAAGCAGUACCCCUUCCCCAGCAAGACGCUCUUACGGUCGCCCGAGCUUUCAUCGAUCAUUGGGUUUCCCGUUAUGGCGCUCCCUUCUCACUUCAUUCUGAUCAAGGUCCAGCCUUUGAAAGUCGCCUCAUCGCCGAGAUAUGCCAGCUUUUGGGAAUCAGGAAGACACGAACCACUGCGUAUCACCCAGAAGGUAACGGGCUUGUAGAAAGAACAAACAGAAGUAUUAAAGCCAUAUUGCAAGCGUUUGUGAGCACAUCGUCGCAGGAGUUAUGUGACGAUGACCUUCUUAAGUGUCUUUUAGCAUAUCGUACAUCCGUACAUGGCUCCACCGGGUUUUCACCCGCUAUUUUAUUAUUUGGACAUGAAUUACGUCUACCAGUGGAAAUACAGACGCCCCUGCUGCCCUGCGAAGAACAAGAGCAUGUACCGUACAUACGUACUCUCCGUAACCGCUUGGCUGAUGCAUACCGCUUGGUGAGCAGCAAUUUGCGCAAAGCUAGUGAACAUCAAAAGGACUUGUACGAUCGUCGGGUGCACGGACCAGUGUAUAAGGUCGGUGAUCGCGUUUGGCUACGUCGCCCCAUGGCAUCGUCAGGGAGUUGCAGUAAAUUUCACCAGCCAUGGCAAGGCCCCUUUGAAAUCGUCCUCAUCCGAUCCCCCACUACGUUCGUAUUACGUAACUUGCAACGACCCCAGGAUGACGUGAUGACUGUACACUAUAACCAAAUAAAACCAGAUAAGAUGACAGUCUCCUCGGAUACUCAGUUCGCCAAUCCACCGCCUGCCACUACGUUUUAUGAGGUACCAUCAGAAGGAGGGACAGCAUAUCCAUGUCCGAGACCAGGCACUGAGGACAGUGCCUAUUUAAGAGAGGGGGCGGUGUAACGGAGUUGAAAUUGCUAUGUAUGAUAUACUAAUGCAUUCUAUUUUCUUUCUGUUGCAGGGCGACUAAACAUAAACUCUUUGGAGGAAGAAGAACAAGCCCUAUGUACACUAACCUUACAGGAUGACUCAUAAGACUACUUUGUAAACUGACUCUUCCCGCUGUACCCUCGCGCACCGCGCUUUUUGAUUUUGAAAUAAAGAGGCUUGUGAUUCC